AACGUCGAACCUUCUCUGUUUCCUGUUUCUGCUCUUCUUUCUGCUUUAGAAAUCACAGCUUUGAACUUUUGGCUCUUUUUCGUUUCUCACCAAAUCCAACUCCGCUUUCGUCUUUCACACUGCCAUUGACCUAUUCUCUCUUCAGUCGUGGCACUUUCGAUUUGAAGCUCCGUGCUGAUUUGAUAACUGCUACUGUCUUUUCCUUUUAGCCACCGGUGGAUUUUCCCCUCUUUUUAGCUCGGAGACAGAAAAAGCUUUUGUCUCUCUCUAUCCUUGCGAUUGCUUAUAAUAUCAGCUGCAAUGCGUGCACCGGCUUUACUUGCUCAGUGCUUACCUGGCCUUGUGCCUCAUGAUCGUGGAAGUCUCAGCAUAUCUUCCGUUCCUGACAAAGAUAUUCAGCUCCCGUCACCGGCCGUGGAGAUUCUCCCUUCCAAGAUUUGUCGUGCGUUGCAGGCAGUUCACACUGACAAGGAUAAUGGGGAGAAUAUGGAUCAUUUUAAGGGUUUAGUUAGUGUUGCUGAUAUUGUUGGGUUCAGUGGCUCGGAGGCAAUAUCCUUGAAACCUGACGGUUAUCUGAAAUCCUGGACUAGUUCCAUUGAUCUUGUUAGUGUUCUUAAGCAUGAGAUUCGUGACGGGCAACUGACUUUUAGAGGAAAAAGAGUACUUGAGCUCAGUUGCAACUAUGGACUGCCUGGAAUUUUUGCUUGCUUGAAGGGAGCUUCUGUGGUGCAUUUUCAAGAUCAGAGUGCAGAAACUGUAAGAUGCACAACCAUACCAAAUGUCCUUGCUAAUCUCAAGCAAGCCCGUGACAGGCAGAGUCGACAGCCUGAAUCUCCUCUUACCCCUUCAAGACAGACUCUGGCACCAUCGGUUAACUUUUAUGCUGGGGACUGGGAAGAAUUACCAACCGUGCUGUCCAUUGUGAAAAGUGAUGGAUAUGAAGUUAUGCCUGGAAUGAGUUUGAGUUUUUCUGAGGAAGAUUUUAUGGAAGGGUGUAGCAGCCAAGAUGGUAGCAUCAUUGGUCAGGAAUCUUACUCAAGACGGUCUAGGAAGCUCUCAGGAAGUCGAGCAUGGGAAAGAGGCAGUGAGGCGGAUCAAGGAGAGGGUGGAUAUGAUGUUAUCUUAAUGACAGAGAUUCCAUACUCCGUUACCUCUUUGAAGAAGCUGUAUGCACUUAUUAAGAAGUGCUUGAGGCCGCCAUAUGGUGUGGUAUAUAUAGCUCCAACCAAGAGGCACUAUGUUGGAUUCAGUAAUGGAGUGCGGCAACUAAGGAGUCUCCUAGACGAGGAGGGCGUUUUUGGAGCACAUUUAGUCAAGGAUUUGGCUGAUAGGGAUAUCUGGAAGUUCUUUCACAAGUAAACGAGAAUUUGGAAAUCAGAUACUACGUUGGUAGACAUACGAUAAAAAAAUUCUAAUGACACCAUGCAUUUUUAUAAUAUGAAUCACAGGCAUUCUUUUGUUUAUUAAA